UUUUAAAAUUAUUAAGGGAACAACAAUCGAGGAUCCUGUCGAUGAGAAAAAUAUCGAUGAAGAAGCAUCGAUGGAAGAAUCUUCUGACGAUUCAAAAGAUUCAAGUGGAUGGGCGAAAUGGGCAAACUCCAUUCUUGCAUCGGCAGAAGCAAGUGCAACAAAAGCUACAACAGGCUCUGUGCCAUCAUGCGUCGUUAUUUUCACUGCGGCAAAGAAACAGCCACAUCCUCAGCUCGAAGCAGCAUUUGCAGAUUUAAAAUGCAGAGCGUUUAAAGGCGAAUUACCAAUGCAAAUCGAUAAAUUUGUCAUUAGACACAUCGAUUGGUUAAAAGGUAAAGUGUUGUUAUCGUUUGCUGACACGGCAUGUAAAGAUACUAUAGAAAAAAUAGGUAGUAACAAUAAUGAUAAAGAUAAUAUGGAUUGUAGUAAUGAUAAUGAAAAGGAUACGUGGACUGCGGUGGAAAAUUGGCGUGGAUUAACUACAAAGUCAUUGAGCAGCGAUAAAGGUAAUGUAAAUAAAAAACAAACAGAUGUGACAAGUAAAAAAAAUAAAUUAAGUUACCUCGAUGAUUGUCCAGAUUGGGAUCACAUGACAACUAUGAAACGAGUUACCAUACCUCUUUUGAAAAAUGGCAAUUUGUUGAAAGGAUCCCAUUGCGGUAAUAACUGUAAGAAUAUAGGUAAUAUAUAUAUAUAUAUAGUGAGACCAUUCGCGACAAGCGUCGGUAGGCCACACGUGUAUUAGGCGAUUAAUGCCAUCUAUUAGAAAGAAGAGACAAAUAGGGAAAAAUCGGAGCCGUUAAUUCGGAGCUACGAUAUAAGAGAGAACGACGAAGACGAACAGUUGAGAGAGGAUCCUUACGGCCGUGCGAGCGUGUCUGGUCCGGAGUUUUUCUAAUAAAAAAGUGUUAAAAGAACAAUUGAAAAUAGAAGGUGCG